GAAUAUUGGAGGGCGUUUGAGUUGAUCUGCACCCGAGGUUGUUCGAAUAUGUAGUUAAAAAUCGUUAGAAAGCAAAUGGAUGGCGAAAUGGAUAAGACACCGAGACUUCAAAGUUUCCCCAAGUCGGUUUUCGUGAAUCCUAUGAUGUUCCACAAUUUGGAAAAUGAAUACUGGCUUAAAAAAUGCUCUUCACACCCUGAAUACGGACUACUUAAGCCUUCUGAAGGUGAACAAUCGCGUCCCAUAAGCUCUUUUUCUCCACAAAUUUUACGGGAGUUUCAUAUUUUGUUGGCUGAAUGGAGAUCAGAAGCUCGUGAACUAGUGGCGUGUAUGAAAGAGAAAGAAAGACAAUCUGUUUUAGCUUCAGUUGGUAUUCAGGCAUUUUCUGAGGAUGUUCUGUCUCAAAAGAACAUGGACAUACCCGGUGAUCUCAACAUCAAAAAGAUGUCACAAAGAAACCUUUCUACUUCUGCUGUGUCGUGGAGGAAUUCAAGCUUUGUUUCUGGUAUGCGUAAACGAAAAUCAACUCAAUUAAUUCGUGGCAAUCGAUCUUCAAAAUUCGGUCGUCCAUCCAAUUAUCCUCCGAAUUCAUCAUGGUCGCGAAAACAUUGUUACAAUAACUCAUUACUAAAACGGCGUGAUAUAAACAAACCAUCCAUUCCAGCUGAAAAUCUGAAAAGGACCACACAUACUGACAACAAAUCCCAAUAUCUAGAUGAAGGCGAUGAUGAGGAAGAAGACCAGUUGACUGCUAUAGUUUCUCGCCAACGUCAAGCAUUUUCUGCGCGUGCUGCUGCUGGUCGUCCGAGUAUACGUAAAAUACAGUCAGAUCUUCAAGUCAAAUCUGGUGAUGCCGUCUUAAGCACAGUCUCUAGUGUUCCAGCAGCUAGGAGACUUUCAGCUAAAGUGUUACGUGCGUGGAAAUCUUUGGCUAAAAAGAUAAUUUGUAAGGUGGCAAGGCAACGUGGUACUAAUCGUCGAGAUAAGAUAAUCCUAGCAAAACGCGCUGCUCGUGAGUGCGCACGUUUGUUACGUCAAAAGGCGUUGCUUUCCCAAAAAGCUGCUAGAGAUUCAAUAAGUCGUGGACAUCGUCUGUCACGCGAAAUUGCAUCUAACUGGCGUAGCUCAACUUCGAGCACAGCUAAUGGUUCUGGUCCACUUACAAUCAAUGGUGUAACUAUACCAUCGAAUUCUAAUAUUACUCAUUUCUCUUCACUUAUGGAUUUACCUGAUUAUUACACUUCUGCCCGCCCAGAAAGUGGAGGUUUAGAGUUGAACAUGUCUACUUCAGUGAUGGAAUCAAGUACAGCUAUACGUCGACGAGCAGAGAAGGCUGCAGCUGAACAACGUAAAGCCGACUUAGAACUUUUGGAGGCAAGAAGACAACAACGAAAACUGAAUUUCUUGAUUACACAAACAGAAUUAUAUGCCCAUUUCAUGGCGAAAAAGAUGGCGGAUGUCAACUCAGGUAAUUGUAAAUCUGAAGAUAUACGUGGUCCUGAAAAUGCUGAAUCAGUAUCUGGUAAUGUGAUUCAAGAAGACGACAGUCAAGAAAUCGAAGCUCAAAGAAUCUUACGUCGACUUGAAGAAAUGGAUGAUGAUUCUGUAGAAACAAAAACUAACGAUGAAGGAAUUGAUACUGGUUCUGACAUAUCUGUUCCAUGUGAUCCCAUUCAGAAUGAUCAAGAUUCUGUUGGUAUAUCGACUGGAUCUACACACCGAAAAUCAUACAGCUCAAUAGCUGUAGCUGCAAAAGCUGCAGCUUGUCGGUUGGGUAUUAAUGUUGAAGAAGAAUAUGAUAUUGAACAAGCGAAAUCCGAAGCUUUAAUGAAGGUCAAAGCAGCUGUUACAACUGAACGUAAUCGUUUAUCACAGUUUCAUAGUGGAACUACAACAAAUCCCAAUUUAAACGCCCCUGUUCAUAAUAAUACAGAUUCUAGUACAACUACACAAAUUGAAACACCAAAGUUAUUUAAAGGUCAGUUAAAAGCUUACCAGGUCCGUGGUUUGAACUGGCUGCUUGGUUUGUUCGAUCAAGGUAUCAAUGGGAUAUUAGCUGAUGAAAUGGGCCUAGGGAAAACUGUGCAAACAGUUGCAUUUCUUGGUUGCCUGGCGGAAAAUUACAACAUUUGGGGUCCAUUUUUAAUCGUUACUCCAGCUUCAACACUGCAUAAUUGGACACAGGAAUUUGCUAAAUUCCUUCCAGCUUUCCGUCUAGUCCCUUAUUGGGGUACACCAACAGAGCGUAAAGUUCUACGCCGAUUUUGGUCAUCUACACGUUCCUCUAAUGCAGAAUCUUUUGAUGAAUCUGGUGAUAUUAAUCCUGGACAAGCUGGAACUAAGGAUUCUCAACUUCAUGUAGUUAUAACUAGUUAUCAAGUUGUUUUGCAAGAUGCGAAAUUCAUUAAUAAAACCGCAUGGUCCUACAUUGUUUUAGAUGAAGCACAUGCUAUUAAAAGUACAUCAAGCUUACGAUGGAAAAUUCUGUUAUCUUUUAAAUGUCGAAAUCGUCUUUUACUCACUGGAACUCCCAUUCAGAAUACAAUGCAAGAAUUAUGGGCAUUAUUACAUUUUAUUAUGCCUACAUUAUUUGAUUCACAUGAUGAAUUUGCUAAUUGGUUUUCACGUGAUAUUGAGUCUCAAGCCAGUGUUACAGCUAGAACUGGUGGUGGGGGAGCAGCGGGAGGAGGAAGUAUCAUUAGUAGCAGUGGAACUGGAUCUUUAAUAACUUCAAAAUUGAAUGAAAAUCAAUUGUCACGUUUACAUUUAAUUUUAAAACCAUUCAUGUUACGUAGAACAAAAACUGAAGUUGAACAUGAGAUAUCUACUAAGACUGAGAUUAUGUUAUAUUGUCCAUUAAGUCAUCGACAACAAAUAUUGUAUGAACGAUUACGUAGUAAGAUUCGUCUUGAAGAUCUUAGCUCCAUCAUGUCUGCGAAUGGAAUAUCAGAUAGUUUUUCAUCGAAUUUGGAUAAUACUAAUGCAUUGUCAUCGUCUUCGUCAGCUACAGCCCAUUUAAUUAAUUUAGUGAUGCAGUUAAGAAAAGUAUGCAAUCAUCCAGAUUUAUGGGAACGUCGUGAUGUUCGUUUCUCUUGUAUAACUGGUCAAAUGGAACCGAAUAGUUGUCGAUUCUAUAAUUCAGAUAUUAAGUAUAAUGCUUACAAUAACAAUCGUAAUCAAUAUGCAAUGUGGAGGCUUCCAAAUUUACUGUACGAAGAUGACGCUUUGUCAUUAUUUAGUUGGAGAGCUAAAAGUUUGAACAGUCUAUUUUCUCUAUGUCCGGUAUCUUUAUAUGACUGUUAUUCAAUAUGUUUAAUUAUCAUUAUUGCAAAAUAUUUCUAUCUUCAUCAUCCUUGUUAUAUACAUGAGGACUUAUGGCAUCAUGACAAUGAGGAACCAGAUUUAGGACCAAGCUGUAUAGUGAAUCAAAAUAGGCCAUGUACAAAUUACCCAUCUAAAUGCUUUUCAUUCACCCGCCUAUUAGGUUUAUCUGUUAAUGAAUAUGUAAAAAUUAUUCAAACUGGGGGUUUUUCACAUUCCGAUUCUCAAACUAUUUCUCAUAGCCACUCGGCACGUAUUAUAAUAAGCAACUAUUUCAAUGAAGAUAUUACAGUGAGUAAAAACGCUUCUGGUUUAUUACAGCUGAAUUCAUUAUUCCCUAUGAGUCAUGUGCGUACUUCUCGUCAUUCAGUUGCACAAUUAGUUUAUCUUCAAGGUCUUCUCCUUCGUCAAGUUGAAUAUGAAUCGUCUACCACUGUAUCGAAUGUACCAUCAGUUUUCAUUCAUUGUCCUGGAAUAAGACCUUAUAUUCCGAAUUUUGUCUCAGCUGCAACAACUCACAAAGUAUUAAUUAAUCCACUUAAACCGUUUGUAAAUACGUGUAAUUAUGAUACAUCACAUGUUUAUUCAUUAUCGUACAAUGUGACCACCCCAUUGCCUAGAAGUCUGGAGCUUGUUUCACGUGCUACACGCAUUUCAGAUUCUGGUAAAUUAACUACAUUAGAUAACCUUCUUUCUGAAUUGAAAUCAAAUGGACAUCGUGUAUUAAUUUAUUCACAAAUGACACGUAUGAUUGAUAUACUAGAGGAGUUUAUGUUAUAUCGUAAACAUGCUUAUCUACGAUUAGAUGGUUCAUCACGUUUAUCCGAUCGUAGAGAUAUGGUUGCUCAGUGGCAGACUAAUCCGCGUUGGUUUGUAUUCUUACUGUCAACUCGUGCUGGUGGCCUUGGUAUUAAUUUAACUGCAGCUGAUACAGUUAUAUUUUAUGAUUCUGACUGGAAUCCAACUGUAGAUCAACAAGCAAUGGAUCGUGCACAUCGUCUAGGUCAAACAAAGCCUGUUACAGUUUAUAGGCUUAUUUGUAAAAAUACAGUCGAAGGUCGUAUGUUGCGUCGUGCAGAAGAGAAACGUGCCAUGCAACAAAUGGUAAUCCAAUCAGGUCAAGGAGGAUUAAACAAUUUAUUGUCAAAUGUAACAAAUUCGUCAAGUCCCACAGAACAUAUGACUUCGUCUGAUAUGGUUUCUUUGUUACUUGAUGAUGAUGAGUUGGUAAAACGACUUCAGAUACGUAGACGGUUACAACCUCAACGUGGUCGUCCAGCUAAGAAUCAGGCAUCCAAAAGACUAAUAGCCUCUGAAACUGUAAGUAAUUUUUCAAAUGCAGACGCUGAGGCACAUGUAACUGGACAACCAUCAUCAAGUGGUUUCAAUUCCACAAAAUCAAUUUCGCAUCCCCAGGGCGUACCAGAUAUCAGUACUGUUGAUGAAGAUUUGCUUGAACGAAAACGUCAAGCGGCUUGGGCUGAACAAGUAAGCCUCAAUCACAAUUGUUUCUUCAAUAAGUUUUGUGUUUAAUGUUAUGAGGUAGAUACCGUCCAAGUGCCAGUUCCCUCCAGUGUUCUUGGGCAAUCAGAUAGUAAACUGACUGAUUUUCGCUGCUUUCCCAGUAUUUCUCAUUGUCCUCGAUUAAUUAAUUUUUAUGACAGAAGUAGGAAUGUGAAAGUUCCAUCUUUUUUUUUAGCUUAAAAUCACACAUUUUGUAGUCCAAAUUAAAACGCCAAGUUAGUACAAGAAACCGCCUAAUGAUGCCCAGUUAUUUAGAAUACUUGUAUAGAUGCUCUCCUGUUAGCAGGAAUAUUCUAAAAUGAAAUAACUGUUGGUCCCUACUAUAAAAUAUAACAACUUAUUUCGCUCUAUGUAUUUUUUCAGCCUCGUGGGGGCCGCACUAAAAAGAUCCGCCCAAUGGAAUCAAUCGGGCCGGCGACCAUUUCCUCAAUUGACACCUCUGUAACAAAUUGUGAUAAUGAUAAUAAUUCUAAUAGUAGUAGUAUUAGUAACAACACGACAUAAAUGCUGAUUGGAAUAGGGAUUAUUUUGUCAUUAUCCUUGUUAUAUUCUUUUGUCGCCAUUGAUAUCUUGUCAAAAAUUCUUCUUGGUUUUAUUAUUACCACAAACCAGAUGAUUUUGUAAUGCAUUUCCAUAAUUUUCUGAGCAAAUAAAUGUAUAUAAACAAAACGUACCGCUUAAAUUGGUGUAUUUUUUUUAUUGACAAUUCGAUGUUUUGUAUUACAAAAAUAAAAAGGAACUUAUGAGUACAGCAUAUUAAGUACCCUAUAUUUUCUUCGUGUACCUUCAGCCUAUUACCGACUUUUUCAAAAUGGAAAUUUUAAAGUGAUACCGUCAAUAUAUGCUAUAAAUUUUACUGUCUCUUUAAUAUGUACAUUUAGAUAACAUGACUAUUGGUUUUUCUUUCAGUCUAUUUCAAAUAAAGAAUCAUGAUAAUAAUAG